UUGGCUUCUCUGCAGGGGGAGAAAACUAUUCAGGCAGUGCCAGCAGGAGCAAAACCUGCUAUCAUCACUGCCACAAGACCCAUCACAAAAAUGAUUGUUACACAGCCAAAAGGAAUAGGGUCCACGGUCCAGCCAGCCACCAAAAUCAUCCCAACUAAAAUUGUUUAUGGUCAGCAAGGGAAAACGCAGGUUCUUAUAAAGCCAAAGCCAGUGACAUUCCAAGCAACGGUUGUGAGCGAGCAAACGAGGCAGUUGGUGACUGAAACGUUACAGCAGGCGUCGAGGGUCACAGAGACAGGAAACUCUUCUCUCCCAGAGGUGAAAGAAGAACCACAAAGCUACACCGAGAGCAGCUCGUCGUCCACAGAGUCCUCCCAGAGCUCCCAAGAUUCUCAGCCUGUAGUCCAUGUGAUUGCUUCAAGAAGUCAGGAUUGGUCAGAGCAUGAAAUUGCUGUGGACACGAGCCCUACAAUAAUUUACCAGGAUGUAUCCAGUGAAUCUCAAUCAGCUACUUCCACGAUAAAAGCCUUGCUGGAACUUCAGCAGACAACAGCAGUGAAGGAGAAGCUGGAAUCAAAGCCAAGACAACCUACCAUUGACUUGAGCCAAAUGGCUGUCCCAAUCCAGAUGACCCAAGAAAAGAGGCAUUCUCCAGAAAGUCCUUCAAUUGCUGUGGUAGAGUCAGAGUUAGUUGCUGAAUAUAUCACAACUGACUCAGGAAGACAACACUGUAUUGGUUCACAUUCGGAAGAGUAUCUACACAACCAUAUAGUCAGCCACCGCUCGCAGGCCCAGCAGCCGUCGUCGCAGCCCCAGAGGACUCUGCUGCAGCACGUGGCCCAGUCGCAGACGGCAACGCAGACCUCCGUGGUGGUGAAGUCCAUCCCCGCAUCCUCUACGGGCGCAAUUACCCAUAUCAUGCAGCAGGCCUUAAGCAGUCACACUGCGUUUACCAAACACAGUGAGCAGCUUGGAACUGAGGAAGGAGAAGUGGAAGAGAUGGACACCUUAGAUCCUCAGACUGGCCUGUUUUACAGAUCUGCCCUGACACAGUCGCAGGCACAGAAGCAGCAAAAACUGAGUCAACCGCAGCUGGAACAGACUCAACUGCAAGUGAAAACUCUGCAGUGUUUCCAGACUAAGCAGAAGCAGACAAUCCACCUGCAGGCUGAUCAAAUCCAGCACAAACUCCCACAAAUGCCCCAGCUUUCCAUAAGGCAUCAAAAGCUAACCCCCCUGCAGCAAGAGCAAGCACAGACCAAACCAGAUGCACAGCACCCCCCACACCACAUGAUGGCCAAAGAGAGGCAACUCCCUACCUUAGUGGCACAGCCACAGCAAACUGUAGUACAGGUGCUUGCAGUAAAAACCACGCAGCAGCUGCCCAAACUGCAACAGGCACCAACGGCACAAAAAAUCUACGUGCAACCCCAACCCCCCCAGAGUCAAAUGCAGCUACCUGCCUCUUCAGAGAAACAGCCAGCAAGCCAGGUGCAGCCUCCAAUUCUAACGCAAGGAUCUACUGUUACAAAGAUAACUUUUGAGGGGUAUCAGCCUCCUCCUGUUUCAGAGGUAGCAGGGGGCAGUUCUGUGCCCACCCUGGCAUCGCCAGGCAUGAGCCCGUGUCCCACGCGGGCACCCAUGAAGACAGCAGUAGCAGAGACCUCGAGAACGUCUAUGGUGGAAGCUCAGGUUGAUUCAAACGUAGAGAAUAUGAUAGUGGAUCCCCCAGGCAAGGCCCUGUCCACUGGUAAACUCGCUAGCGGAGCCGAGUCGUCCCCUUGUCCCCAGGUGCCGAGGGUGACAGCGCUAGGGAUGACGGCAACUUCCAUCCCCCAGCAACAGAGAGCUAACGAAUCCAGCCCAAGUCCUGCUGUCGGUCCUACUUUAACAGAGAGGAAACUCGAUGCACAAGGAAUGCCUACAACAAAGCAGUUUAUACACAUUCAGAAUAUAUCACAAAAGCAAGCUGAAGAGAGCUCAUCAGAAAUUGUUAUCCAGACUAUCCCUCAAUAUUCCAUCCCUUGUCACUCCAGCUCCAACGUGGUGGUGGAACCCAGCGGGCUCCUGGAGCUCAACAACUUCACGAGUCAGCGCCUGGAUGACGAGGAGACCGCGAUGGAGCGCGAUGUGGACAGUGGCACUGAGGACGGCACGGAGCCCAGCCCCUCUCAGAGCUCUGCGGAACAAUCCUAAGGAAUCGGGACACUGGAGUGCACUUUAGAAUAUCUUGGGAUUCGAGUAUCCAAGAUGCCCUUGUAUCGUGAUGGCUUAGAGCACUUUGCUUAGUAGAGAUGUUCAUUGGACCCUUGAAGCAUCAGUGUGUUUUAACAAGACAGUAUUGCAAAAGCUGCAUCUUUAUUAAAAA